AUGUUGCUCAUCUUGCAGUUUCCACGGCAGUCUGAUGCCUCCAUGGUGUCACUUCUCUACCUUCGACUCAUGACCCUUGUUUAUGUGCUUGAAGCCACUGAGCGCUAUAGUCUGCAUUUGCUGCAGACUCGCAUCCUGAUUGCUUACUACGAGUUCGGCCAUGGGAUGAUGGCGGCGGCCGCCGCUUCCGUCGCAGGAUGUGCCAAAGUUGCAGGGUUUCUCGGUCUUUCGCCGCGGUCGGUAGUCGCCGACGAUUUGAUAGUGACUGAGGAGAGACGACGGGCAUGGUGGGCACUGCAUAACCUAGACAGACACAUGGCUCUUGCUUGCGGAGACUUCAUGUUUACCAUCCCAGAUCCUUACCAAAGCGACGAUUUCCCAUGUAACGAUCGAGACUGGUUUGCCGGGACUGUUGGCCCGACCGCAAGAGUUGGGACUGCAUCGGACGCCAAAUUUGGCCAAUUUGCGCGAGAAUGCCAGAUUCACCAUCUGGUGACACGUGUAGUGCGGCACAUUUACGAGCCUGCCGCCGAUGAAGUGUUCCAGCUGGAAGAAGCCGUGCAACUUGAACGCACACUCCUACACUUCUUGCCGUUACUAGAGCGGACCGAUUUGACUUAUGGCCGUGCAUUGUUUCUUUUCUACAGCCGUCUGACAUCCGGACGAGGUCCGAUACCUCCCGACAGACUCGCAGCCAUGGAACCAGUUGCGGUCACUAUCUACAACUACGCUGGACGAUGUUACACUUCGGAAGGUGACUUCGACUACGACACACUUUCUCCUUACAUAAUGCUAUCCAUCUACCAGGCCGCCGUUGUGUAUGUACACUUGCAACGACUAUCAGACGAGCAGAAGUACGCGGGCGGCCUCGAACGGCUUCAGAUCGUGCUGAAGAAUUUCUCCAGAAGAUGGGCUGCCGCGACAACUUAUAUUAACCUGCUUGAAAGUCCAGCCCCGGAUCUUCUACCAGACUGGCGAAGGAUCGAGUAA